UACGUCAGUAAGACCGGUGUGACACAAUGGUGUGGAAAGUACAACAUGUAAACUUCCGGCCAGUCAGAAUUCCAAACUUCUGCAUGAUGAACCUCCGAAAUAAUUAGGCCUAUGGAUUUUUGAUACUCUCAUCAUUAAGUGAUGCCUUUGAAAAGUUCCUUAAUACCAGUUUAGUCGGAAUAGAAACUAAUGACUGCCUCGUUAUAAAUUUUGAAAAUGAUACCCCACCCAGCCAGAAAUGAACGGUUUCCACUGUAAACAAUAAACGUUUUAUCGCCUAUCAUGCUUAUGACGAAGUGAACUUUACGAUAAGGUUGUGACUUUUUUCAUGAAUCGGAGAAAGGGUGUCGUACACUAGCUGUUUCCAAUGCCAGCCAUGGAUAAAAAAUCCAAGCGACCACUGCGCAUUAAAAUAAUUAGCAUGGGAAAUGCUGAGGUUGGAAAGAGCUGCAUAAUAAAGAGAUACUGUGAAAAACGGUUUGUCCACAAAUAUUUGGCAACUAUUGGAAUAGAUUAUGGAGUAUCAAAAGUGACCAUAAAGGACAGGGAGGUGAAGGUCAAUAUAUUCGAUAUGGCUGGACAUCCUAUAUUUUAUGAGGUUAGAAAUGAGUUUUACAAAGACACCCAGGGGGCUGUUUUAGUGUACGAUGUGUCAGACCGCAACAGUUUUGAGUCACUGGAACACUGGUUGCUGGAAAUGCAGAAUGAGAUUGGAAAUCAGGCUGAACACGAAAAUGUGGUAGUGUGCGUAUGUGCUAAUAAGUGUGAUCGAAAAAGAAUGGUUGAUGAGGUGGAGGGAAAACUGUGGGCGGACAGUAAAGGUUUCCCGUACUUCGAGACGUCUGCUCAGUCAGGGGACGGAGUAAAUGAGAUGUUUCAAGCAUUAUUUGAGGGCGUGGUGACUGCGGUGGAGAACGGAGGCAAGAAGGUCCCCAUAGUAACGCAGCUCGGCUACACUAAGGACCAGAUUGAGGCCAUACAGCGACUGAGGAACGCCAAGUCAGACUACGACCGUCUCGGCUUGCGAGAGGGGGCUUCCAAAGACGAGGUAAACAAGGCAUACAAGCGUCUGGCUGUUCUACUCCACCCGGACAAGAACGUGGCGCCCGGCAGUGAGGAUGCCUUCAAGAUACUACUGGCUGCCAGAACAGCGUUACUCAAACGGUGAUCUGGAUUUUUUCUCAUGUCAUCAGAUUUGAUCCAUUUUGCUUCCACCAUAGUUCACCAUUGUUAUUCAUGUGGCAUUCAGUUGAAGCCUGAUUUCUGUGAUUUUACCGAAAGGCUGUGUUUUUCCUGUACUGGUAACCCAUGGUAAAUCGAAUGUUUGUAAUGUAACCUAUGUUCAGCAAGUUCUGUAGGUCAUAAGAUGCCUACUUUCGACAAAAUAUGCUUAUUUGAAACAGUUAAACAAUCAACAAGCAUAUUGACUGUUCCUAUAUGAAAAAAUAGGGGGGGGGGGCGAAAUUUGCCAUAAAGGAGCAACUGGUGUUUGCUAUAAAUAUUGUGCAAAUUGAAUUGUCUCCCUUUAAAUAUUUAAACAAAAUUAACUGUUUUAUGUUACUUUUUUGGGGGAGUGGGGGUGGGGGGGAGUAAUGCAUUACGCUUUUUGGGGGUAUGCCUAAAUUAUAGUAAUACCUGGUAGAGUAACCUCAAAGUCUCAUGGGUUAAAUCACAGGAGGGAAUCCCAUUUUUUUGUAUAUUUUUUGUAUAUUUUCGGAGCUAAAAAUGUUUAAUGUGCAUGUAGGUGUUGUGUAUCUACCGUUUAAUGACUUGGUUAUUGCGUUUUAGCUCUUUAAAGUGAUCGACAUGGAAAAUCUCUAUGUGGACACAUUUGUGUCUGACCAAACACGAUUUUGGAAGAGUGUCAACUUCUGAGGGGUGGUAUCGAAUUACUGCUGGAUCAAUGGUACUGAUGUUAAUUUUUUCUGAUAAAUUAUUUUAAUAGCUUUCGAAAACAACCGGUGUGUAGUUGAUUCGUUAAAAAUUGUUUGAGUUACAUGGUUUACAGUAAAGAUGGUGUAGUUUUUUGGCGUAUGAAGUUGCACUCCUUGUUUCUAUUAUAGCAUAUAUACACACAAAAAAUACAAAAAAUACGGGAUUCCCUCCUGUGGGUUAAAUCAGUAAGAAAUGUGCCUCUAAUCCUUGAUUCCCCAAGUAUACACAGCAAAUGCCUUCAGGCCUGUCACAUGAUUUUAAAGGCAGUCCAGUCCAUCAACUUCAGCAGGGAAAGAAAAUGUGCUGAAUCGGCUUGUGUGUAUAUCGAUGUGCCGGAAUCUGGGAAAACGAGGUUUAAUGCAUGUGCCUAUAGUGUCAUCCCAGAUUAGCCUGUGCAGUCAACAUAGGCUUAUCAGGGACGACACUUUCUGCCUUUAUGGAAGUUUUUUGUUUAAAGGAAGUUUUUUCUUAGCGGGGAAAUCAAGAUUAUGUGGAAAGUGUUAUUAACACUUUCCACAUAAUCUUGGUUUGUUCACGAUGUGUUGACUUAAUACGCCCGGCAGUCAUGUACUAGUAAGGGUGUUAUCUGUGUAUUCAUGUCGAUGUUUCUGGCAAUUUAUACGGCCUGAAAACAUGUAUUUAGAGACCAAAAGGGCAUUUGACUGAAAAAUAGAGGGGCGCUUUUUAAGGGGGCAAAUUUUAGAGGGGCGCAGCGCCCCUCUAUUUAUUGCUAGCUGGAGCACUGA